GGGAUGUCGCGUCCCAGCUAUCCAUCCCGUGCCCGCGCGUCCCGAUGUGGCAACAACCCCCGCCCUGCCCCUUAACAUACGCAGCUUGGUCGUCUGUUACGUUGCAUCUGCACGCAGACUGCAUUCGAUUCCCUCAUCUGCGCAGCUAUGGCCGUGUCGGAGGUGGCGGUGGACGGCUUCGUCUUCCCGCCGGUGGCCCGGCCGCCGGGCUCCGGCCGCUCGCACUUCCUCGCCGGCGCAGGCGUGCGAGGGAUGGAGAUUGGAGGUAACUUCAUCAAGUUCACCGCCAUCGGCGUGUACGUGGAGGACGCGGCCGUGCCGGCGCUGGCCAGGCGGUGGGCCGGGAAGACCGCCGACGAGCUUGCCUCCGAUGCUGCCUUCUUCCGCAACGUUGUCACGGGCGAGUUCGAGAAGUUCACGAGGGUGACGAUGAUCCUGCCGCUCACCGGCGAGCAGUACUCGGAGAAAGUCACGGAGAACUGCGUGGCGUACUGGAAGGCCACUGGCGUGUACACGGACGCCGAGGGCGUGGCGGUGGAGAAGUUCAAGGAGGCCUUCAAGCCCGAGACCUUCCUGCCGGGCGCGUCCAUCCUCUUCACCCACUCACCCACCGGAGUCCUCACCGUCGCGUUCACCAAAGACUCAUCGGUGCCGGAGGCCGGCGGUGUGGCGAUAGAGAACAGGGCGCUCUGCGAGGCCGUGCUGGAGUCCAUCAUCGGGGAGCACGGCGUCUCGCCGGCGGCGAAGCUGAGCAUCGCGACGAGGGUGUCGGAGCUCCUCAAGGGGACCACCUCCGACGAUGCGCCUUAGGCGGAGCUCGUCCCGGUUUCUGCAUGAGCGAGCCGCGAGCAGAAUCUGGAGAUCGAGAGCAACGGCAUCUGCGUGGAGAUGCUGCGCUGGCGCGUCUGUCGCCUUGUUUUUCCGGUUUGAGGCGCCGUGUUUUGUUCCAUACUUUUCGCUGCUCAUGUGAAGCCGCCGUUAACCUGAUGAAUAAAAACGUGGUUGUUCAAAAAAAAAGAUGAAUAAAAAACGCAGAUAUUUUGCA